UUUUGACAAAUGGCUGACAUUUGACAAACGCAGUAUCGCGCUUCUAGUGAUGUGUAGUGAAUCGUGUCCGUCAGCCUAGAAAAGCGAUGACGAGAUGGUGAAAUGAUGUGAUUAUGUGUGAGACUCCACCGUUGCUAGUGAUAAAAUCGAAUUCAGCAGGCGACCUACUCGGAACUGACGCGAUGACACUGAUUCCAGAAUCCCCCGUUUCACAAUCUGUCGAACUGUCGAAACUCAAACGGACCUUCACUCUGCCCCGGAACCCUUUCAACGCCACCAGGAUGUCCAAACGGAGGAUAAAAACGAAAGAGAACGAGCAGGAUAGCGACAACAAGAAGGUCUUCCGCCGGCCCUCGUUCCGCAGGUUCAUCAACAAGAUCGCACAGCACAUCGGGGGCGUGCCGGUGAUCAGCGGCGACGCGCGCGUGCCCCCCGUAGGGCUGCAGACGUGGGGCCCCGAAGACACCCCGGGCGUGACGGGGCUCAAGAACCACGGCAACACCUGCUUCAUCAACGCGGUGCUGCAGUGCAUCUCGCACACCGACGUGCUGGCCGAGUACUUCGUGCUCGACAGGUACAAGGUGGACCUGUCGAGGCGGAACAAACUCAACUCGAAGAAGUUCGGGACCAAGGGCGAGAUCACGGAGCAGCUGGCGCUGCUCCUGAAGGCGCUGUGGGCCUGCCAGUACAGCCCCGAGCUGAGCACCGGCUUCAAGCAGGCGGUGGAGCGGCACGGCUCUCAGUACAAGGGCAACCAGCAGCACGACGCGCUGGAGUUCCUGCAGUGGCUGCUGGAUAAAGUGCACGAGGAUCUCAAUACGGCUUCCAAGAAGAAGUACAAGUUGAUUAAGACUUCCGGUCGACCCGACGAGGUCAUCGCCGCCGAAACUCUAGAGAAUUACAAGCGAUGCAACAAUUCGUUCAUCCAGGGUGUGUUCCAGGCCCAAUAUCGUUCGUCGUUGAGCUGCUCCCGUUGCCGCACCCAAUCCAACACCUUCGACCCUUUUCAAUGUAUCUCCGUGCAAUUACCCCAAUUCAGCAAGCAAUCGAUCUAUGUCACUGUCCUUUACACGUCCCAGCAACCGCGACAAGUCCAGAUCGGCUUGAGUAUGCCCUCGGGUGCCACCGUUUCGGAACUCAGGGACAUCCUCGAAUCGGACACGUCGAUCGAACGUGCCAACAUGCUCAUCACCGAAAUCGGCGAGACGGGGUUUUUAAGGACUUUUACCGACACGCAAUCGGUGAAUAUUAUUAGUGAAAUCGAUCCGAUUUAUUGCAUCGAAGUUGCACAACUCAAGGACGUUGAAGAAGACACGACCAGUGCUUACAUUUUAUUGUGUUGGAUCAAUGUGGUGGCUGUUGGUGAUGGAUACAAGCGAUUCGGUAGUCCAUACACCAUGCAAGUUUCUCGCGAGACCUCUUACGAGGACCUGCAGAAGCUCAUUCUCAAGGAAAUGGCACCUAUCUUACACGACGACAUCCUAACUUCGUCGCAACCGCGAGGGGUGUUUAAAAUCCGCAUCUCGGACCCCGCGUGCAACGACAAUGAACCUCCGUGCUACUUAGAACCGGACCUUGAGCAUCCCCUGUUCAUGGAAGCCGUCGACCAAGCGCUGGCGCUAUGUAGCGAAGAAGGAGGUCCAGCGCACGUUAAGCUCGUCAUGGAGUUUAGUUCCAGUGCCAAAUCUGCCAUCAUCGCCGACGACGGCGACCUCAUCGAAGAGCAUUCUUCCGUUAAACAGCUGAAGGCGCAGGCGCUGCAAGGCGGCGCACCUCUCACGCUCGAAGAGUGUUUGCGGGACUACACCGAAGCGGAGACUUUGACUGAUGCGUGGAGGUGUCCUCAUUGCCAGCAGUAUCAGCCCGUGGUGAAGACGUUGGAUAUGUGGUCGUUGCCGGAUAUCUUGGUGGUGCAUUUUAAGAGGUUCAGGCAACAAACCCUAAGAGGCUGCAACAGCGCCAAACUGACCACCAUGGUCGACUUCCCCGUCUACAACCUCGACAUGACACCACACCUGGCCAACAAGGGCAGCACAAACCUAAACCACGAUGACAACCAAGUCAUCAUAACGAACGGAUGGAGCCCCUUCAAACGAACACGAAAACAAUCGAACGCCAACGACAACAUGUACGACUUGUACGGCAUCUGCUACCAUCACGGUAGCGACAUUGAGACCGGCCACUACACGGCCGCCUGCAAAAAUCCCUACGACAACCAGUGGUACCUAUACGACGACGCUAAAGUUACCAAUCUGAGCAAACAGACAGACGAUAUAAGUGCACUUCUCGUCAACAACAGCGCUUACAUUUUGUUCUACCAGAGGAGAAACGGGUUAUAUGUCGGGUCCAGUUCAAACACUAGUAGUGCAGCUAGCACCAGUUCGGUGGGGUCCAGUACGGACCAUUGGGUGUCGCGCAUGCCCAGGUUCGUACCGCCAAAAAAUUUAAAGCUGAUCGAAAACAAGAAACAGGCGAAUAGUAGCGAGAAGUUAGUGGAAGAGAAUAAGGAGAACGCGGAGGAAACGCAAAAGACGAACGAAGAGGUGGCGCUGCGCAACAGCCAAAACGCGCUGCAUAGCAGUAGUACCAACGUGAGGAAGUCGCUGGAAAAUAAGAGCACGAAUACAGGGAACGAUGCCGAAGCGGAGCCUGAAGGGAACAAAAAACAGCUUUAUACGACCAGCAUUUACAUAAAUUCUAGCGGGGAUGUGGACAUUUCGUCGAAGGCAAACAAGGUGUCGCAUGAUGAGAUCAACGUGUCACUGACUGAGCCCGAAGUUAGGAAGGUUUACACAACGACGGCGGCUGUCCACAGGUAUUCAGAUAACGUCAACGUUUCGAGGACACGCUUGAAUUGGAUGUCGCCCCAGCCGGCCAGGAAAUUGAACCAAUCUCAACAGUCCGUUUGAGUGUUUUUGUUUCAAAGCUCACCAUGUAUUUUUGUAAAUAUUACAUAAGCACUAAAUAGUUACGUAGUUUUUUCAAGUUGCCUUUCAGCAAUACAUAAUGAAUGAGUUUCGUUGUUAAAUGGGUUAACUUUCUGUCAAUAGUUUUGUUUAUAAGAUAUUUAAGAGAUUUGUUUUAUUUUUUAAUAUUUUAUUUUUUCUCUGUAAGUGAAUAUUUAUUUUUUUGUGAAACAGGGAAGCUUAUUUAUUACCGCAAAUGUUUUUGUUAGUAAGUGGUGAUAUUAAUUUUUUUUAAUAAGUUUCAUGUUAAUCGUGUAAUAGUAAAGAUAAAGAUAUUUCUACUAUUUAUCCAAUAGGUUGUUAAAGUUAACUGUCAUGUAGUCAACGACAAUAAUUUUAGUUUUUUUUUUUCUUUUCUGGAUGGCUUUAUUUUGUUGUUUAUUAAAAUUGCUAGUCAUAAUCAUGAAAUACCAAAUAAAAGAGUAUUUCCAUAUAUUCUUAGAGUUGUAAGGAUCAAAUAGUAGAAGUUGGUACUGUAACAUGUAACGUGCCUUAAAUUGGAAUAAACAUUAUUACCCUUUGUUUACAUCACCUGGUUAAUAAAUUUGUAAAAAUUACAAA